AAAAAAAAAAGAAAAACACAAAAAGCAGACAUAAAAUUUACUGUGAAAAGUUUCCAAAUUACGCGUAGCUCGUUUCAAACUAAAAUAUUCGAUUGUGUUUAGCUAAAAAAAUUUGUAUUUGACUCAAGGAUGAAUCACAUGCGUUCGAGUCCAGCGCGCAGUGCGCUCUGCCUGCGCAGAGUGGCCCAGAAGCUGAUCCGGCGCUAUUCCUGCAAUGAGGGUGCCAGUUCCGGCAAGGGAUUGGUGCUGGGCAUCUAUCAGCAGGAGGGGGACAAGGAGCCCAAGUUCACGACUGCGGCGGAGAAGUUCAACGACCGGCUGGGGGGCAAGCUGAGGCAGCUGGUCUGCGAGACACAGAUAGACGGGCGGCUAGGACUUGGUCGCGUCUUCAACAACAUUGAUCCGGAAUUUAGCGGCGUGGCCGUCGUGGGCGUGGGCAUUGAAGGCAUUGGCUUCAACGAGCUGGAGAUGCUGGACGAGGGCAUGGAGAAUGUGCGUGUGGCCGCCGGCAUAGGCGCACGCUCGCUCGCCGACGAGGGCUGCUCACAAAUCUCUGUGGAUGCCAUGGACUAUGCCGAGCAGGCGGCGGAGGGCAGCACACUGGCGGUUUGGAAGUUUGGCGACAAUCUGAGCAAGAAGAAUCGCCCGGUGUUUCCACGCCUGGACAUGUGGGACUCGGGCGACAUGGAUGGCUGGACGCGUGGCAUAUUCAAGGCGGAGUCACAGAAUCUAGCGCGUCGGCUGUCCGAUGCGCCGGCCAACUGCAUGACGCCCACAAUGUUCGCCCAGGCCACAGUCGAUGCUCUUUGUCCUUGCGGCAUUACCGUGGAGGUGCGCACCAUGGACUGGAUCGAGAUGCAGCGCAUGCAUGCCUUCCUCAUGAUUGCCAAGGGCAGCUGCGAGCCGCCCGUGCUGCUCGAGAUCAGCUACUGCGGCACCGCGCCCGAGGACAAGCCCGUGCUGUUCGUAGGCAAGGGCAUUACCUUCAACUCUGGCGGCAUCAAUCUGCGUCCCUGCAAAAUGAUGCACGAGUAUCGCGCCUCCAUGUCUGGCGCAGCUGCCGUCAUCGCCAUGAUGCGCUGCGUCGCGGCGCUGUCGCUGCCCAUCAAUGUGACCUGCGUCAUUCCACUCUGCGAGAACAUGCCCUCAGGCAUGUCGGCCAAGCCCGGCGACGUGGUCACGCUGCUCAAUGCUCGCUCCAUGGCCAUACGCGAUGUGGACAAGGCGGGCGUCGUGGUGCUGGCGGAUCCUCUGCUCUAUGGCCAGACCACCUACAAGCCGCGUCUGGUCGUCGACAUCGGCACCAUAGGCGUGGGCGUUAAGAAUGCUUACGGUGGCGGCGCCUCCGGCAUCUUCUCCAACUCCCACUACAUCUGGAAGCAGUUCCAACGCGCCGGCUCGCUCACCGGCGAUCGCGUCUGGCGCAUGCCUUUGUGGCAGUACUACAAGCGGCAGGUCACCGACGAGCUGGGCUACGAUCUCAGCAACGAUGGCCGCGGCGAGGCCAGCUCCUGCCUGGCAGCCGCCAUUCUCCACGAGCUGGUGCCCUGCGCCGAUUGGGCGCACAUCGAUACUCGGGGCACUGGCAUGUUGUCCAUGUACGGCAUCAUUCCCUAUUUGACUGCCAGGACGAUGACGGGACGUCCCACGCGCACCUUGGUCCAGUUCCUCUACCAGAUGGCGUGUCCAGAGCUCAAGUAAUCCCUCUUCGGUUCGUGUAAUUUUGUUGAGGUUAAGAUGCAGGGUGAAUUAACUG